UCUACUUGAUCUGUGAAGUGUGAACCAAAAUAUGAUUUCUGUAAUAAUUGGAAUAUGAUUAUUCUACUCGUUAUACAUUUGAUCAGUUAAAGCAUUUUUAAUAAAGAGAAGAUGUAUCUACAAUAAAUUAAAAACUGCUACUUAAUGUUUAUUAGCGAUAUAAAGUGCCUGAUAAAAAUAUACGUUGUAUAAUAAUAAACACAAUUUCCUUUGUUUGACUAAAAAAGUGAAUCUUAAUUCUUAAGGAUUAAGGUUCAAAAUAUGAUUAUAUCCAGUUCGAUAACACGACGAGAUCUAAACUUUUCCAAAAUGUGCUUUUUGAUAAAGUGCCUCAAGAGAUUAAAAAGUUCACAACAAUGGUUAAGUCGUCAAAGAGCAGACCCAUACGUAGAAAAGGCUAAGAUAAACAACUACAGAUGUCGGAGUGCCUUUAAAUUAUUAGAGAUGAAUGAGAAAACUAAUAUUUUACAUCCUGGUCUCACUGUUGUUGAUUUGGGAGCUUCACCUGGCUCAUGGACUCAAGUUGCAGUACAAAAAACUAAUGCUGAUGGUGCCGAUUCAACGAAACCAAAGGGGACUGUGUUAUCAAUUGACAAGCUGCAAAUAUUUCCUAUACCGGGUGCAACUAUAUUAAGUAAUAUGGAUUUCUCCACAAUAGAUGCUCACGAUAAAGUGGUAAAUAUCUUAGAUGGGAAGCCAGUUGAUUUAGUGCUUUCAGACAUGGCCCCUAGUGCCACAGGUAUACGAGAAUUAGAUAAAGAUAGAAUUUUAGGUCUGUGUUAUAUGGCAAUUAGAUUUGCUGCUCUUGUUACAAAAGUUGAUGGAAAUCUACUUUUUAAAGUAUGGGAUGGAAAAGAAGUGCCCAUUUUAGAAAUGGAUUUAGAAAGAUUUUACAAAAACAUAAAAAUUUUAAAACCAAAAGCAAGCCGCUCAGAUUCUUCAGAAAAGUUUAUUUUAGCUAGAGGUUUUAAAGGAAUUCAGAGGCCAUUACAGAAUGGUCGUUGGGGUUGAAAAAAGGCCUGUUUGUAUAUUGUGCCAUAUUCUCUUGCUUUUUCAGUGUUGACAUAGUUUAUUGAAUAGGUAUAUAGAAAAACAAUUCAUUUACCAUUAUAUAUUUAAGGUGAAACAAAUCUAAAAUUUGUAUUGGUAAAUGAUUUAAGAGUAUUGUAGAAUAAUGAAUUAAGAUAUAUACCUUUUUUUUUUAUUUAAGAUUUGUAUGAAAUGACUAUGUAUAGGUUGUUCACCUAAAUAAAUGUCUUCCAUUUUAUUGAAUAAGAUAAAUUAUAGAAGACAAAGUAAAUAAGUAAUUAAAUUAAAUCCUAUGAUAACUGCUCAAAGGUAUAUUAUAUUUUUUAUUUUGUAGUUAUUAAUUUUAU